AUGUCGUUCCUUUCGUCUCGGUUCAUCGCUUCUUCAAAUUCGUCGCUUCGCAUGUCGUUCAAGAAAGCCAGGAAUAUCAUUCCUUCUUCGGGCAUGGUGAGCCGCAAGCUGGGGUUUGUUCCUUGUUGCCCAAUGCAUCAUAAGCACGAGUCAAGCUUCAGCCAAGUAGAAGUUCCUUCCUUCAUCGACCACGAGGAGAAGAAGUUGAAAGACGCCAUUCACAAGAUGUACGCUCCUCAGAUCUCAACCUUGUUGCUCCUGCACGUCGGAUCCCACUCAAAGGUUGUUGAUAGUCAACGCGAGGACGAACAGGAGAGCGCAUCGUUCUUUGUGUACAAAUACAAGGAGAUGGGGUUGUCCCUUGUGUCCGGUAUGCUAGUCGGGUCGAUACUAUACUUCACGAUAGAGAAGAGGAAACAGAGAUUGUGA